CGCUAACGGCCCCUUUAAGAAAGCAGCGCCGAACGACACUGACGAAACCUCCUCGGCCCUGCUCAGCGCUCCCUGCCCGUUUCUGCGAAAUCAACAAGAGACGAAGGCAAGCUAGUAUCCGCAAGCUACGACCAGGGGAAACUCUCCAGACAGGAGGGGGACGCAACUGGUUUUUUUCCUCCCGCUGUCCGCCUGGCUAAUCGCUCAGCACUCAAAGCAGGAGACGACAUUCAAUCGGUGUACAGAAACGAGCGGAUAUCGCUGGGAUGGAUGGACCAAGUGAGCAGUUUUCGCCGUGAGACUGGCGCUAAUUUGGACGUCCUGAGCAGCAGGUGUACUGAAGGAUAAAGCAGACUAAAGGCAAUCUCAGUGUUCAUGAAACUUUGCUACGAUUUACGUGCUCGGGUUGCCGUCCGCCAUGUUAAGGUAAAGCCCAGGUGCGCGGUGUUGACCAUGCUAAAGCGGCUGGACAAGAUCCGCUUUCGAGGCCCCAGGACAAGAGACGACUUCCCGGAUCUGGCCGAGUCGCCACCUGCCUCCGACAACGAAUGUAGCGACGAAAUGCAACUGAAGCCCAGAGCAGCACUGCGAGACACAGAGGACCUCCUCCGAGACCCUGCAGGUUCGGGGUCUCCCACCAUGGCUGCGGCCAUCCAGGACUUCCAGAGGUUGGAAUCAGACCGACUCAAUGAAGUCAAAGGUCACCUGGAAAUUGCCUUAUUGGAGAAACAUUUCCUACAGGAGGAGCUGAGGAAGCUGCGGGAAGAGACCAAUGUGGACUCUCUGCGGCAGGAGCUGGAAAGAGAGCGAACCAAGAGGAUAGACCUGGAGCAGAAGAUGAACGAGGUGCUCAAGUCCAGGCUAGAGGACUCUCCGCCACAGCCUCCCCGGAAACAGCAGUCACCCUCAAACAAUGGAACAGCAGACAAACAGCAGAAGGAGGUCUGGAGUUCGCGGCUGCAGAAGUGGGUGUACGAGCGCUUCGGGGUUUACAUCGAAGACUUCCGCUUCCAGCCGGAGGAAAGCACCGUGGAAGCCGAGGAACCACUAAGUGCUAAAAGGUUAACAGAAAAUAUGAGGCGACUCAAGCGAGGAGCCAGACCUGUCACCAACUUCUUAAGGAACCUCUCCGCCUUAUCUAAUUGGCACUCCGUCUACACCUCAGCUAUUGCCUUCAUUAUCUACAUGAAUGCUGCUUGGCAUGGCUGGGCCAUUCCCAUGUUACUCUUCCUGGCUAUCCUGCGCUUGUCGUUAAAUUACCUCAUCGCCAGAGGUUGGAGGAUCCAGUGGAGCAUUGUGCCUGAGGUCUCUGAACCCAUGGAGCCUCCAAAGGAAGACUUGACUGUAUCUGAGAAGUUCCAGCUUGUACUUGAUGUUGCACAAAAAGCCCAGAACCUCUUUGGUAAGAUGGCGGAUGUUUUGGAGAAGAUAAAGAACCUGUUCAUGUGGGUGCAGCCGGAGAGCACGCGGAAACUUUACAUCUGCCUGUGGGUGGCUUUCAUCACCUCCUGCGUCCUGCCAUAUAAACUAAUGGGCUUUAUGAUGGGCCUGUACGCCGGUAUCAAGUUCUUCAUCAUAGACUUCUUGUUUAAGAGCUGUCCAAAGCUGCGGGACAAGUACGACACACCCUACAUCGUGUGGAACAGCCUUCCCACAGACCCUCAGCUUAAAGAGAGGACCAACGCCACUGUGUCCCGGCGGGUUCAGCCGGUGGUAUCUCGGGGCAGCCUCGCCACCGUCCCAUGUGGGGUUAGCAGAGAGGAGGAGACAGGUCGCUCCCAUAGCACCAAGAAGGGAGCCUUUCACGAGAUCUUCAACCUGCAGGAGUCAGAGCGCCCUCUGGCGGUGUGUGAGAACGGCUGGAGGUGCUGCCUCAUUAACAGAGACAGGAAGAUGCCCACAGACUACAUCAGGAACGGAAUGCUCUACGUCACAGAGAAUUACCUGUGCUUUGAGAGCUCCAGCUCCAGAUCCAGCUCCUCUAAGAAGAAUAAAGUUAUCAAGCUGGUGGACAUCACUGACAUACAAAAGUACAAAGUGCUGUCAGUUCUACCGGGAAGUGGGAUGGGCAUCUCUAUAGCCACUCCUUCCACUCAGAAGCCAUUGGUGUUUGGUGCCAUGAUCCACCGAGAUGAGGCUUUCGAGGCCAUCUUCACCCAGUACAUGAAGAUCAUGACCACCACUAAACCACCGGCGAGCGCAGAGCUCUAGACAGCCUGCAUCCUAGCGACACACUGAUGGGUCAGAGAGCUUUGUCAGAUUUAACUGGACUGGAAGAUCAUUUAAAAAAAACAAAACAACAAUCUCCUCCUCCUUGUGAUGGCCAUCGGCUUCCUCAUCGACUGUCAUCGGCCAGCUUUUAUUGGUGGAUUUCCCCUUUAGGCCACUAUGGAGGGGAUACGUGGGUGUGUGGGCUACAUGUUCGUAUUUGGGAUUUAGUUACAUCACACACUUUCUGUGGGUGUCGGAUAAUGAACAAAAUCCGCUAACUAGUUCUGGGAGGAGUGAGGAUUGCCGUGGUUUUUAUCAAUCUGCUGAAGGCGUGCGAGGGGGCUGGUUCUCCUCUCCCACCUGACUGACCAACUGGCUGACUGGUUUCCUGACUUACUUGUUUCUGUGUUUGCAUGUGUGAGCGGAUGUGUGGGCAGAAAUUAUAAGCUCCUAAAAUUGCUUUAAGUGAUUUCUUGUUCUUAAUCAGAAAACCACCAGAAGAUAAACAAGAGGUUCUUUUAACUGCCAGACAUCUGUAGGAACAAACUUUUAGCUUAAUAAAUCUGUGCUAAAGCAACCACUGAUGUUGAAUAUUUAGAUAUUUAACUGGCUGAUUGGUGCCUCCUGGCAUAGCCCAACAAAAUGAUAGGAGCUGUGUGAAUGGUCAGUGAUUUUUUGUUUUUAUUAGCUGUGAAAACGUCAGAUCACCAUUUGACUGACUCAGAGCCUUUUUGUUAGUUUACAUUGCUGCUGUCUAAAUGUCUUGACCCCCCCCCCCCCCCGUCUUCUUUCUAGACACAUUUCAGCAGCUACCGUGUGUUUUAGUGGUCUUCGUCGAUCUAACAAACAGAAUAUGUACGCUGCGUUCAGCAUCCGCUUCGGUGUUUGUAAGUGUGCGUAUGUGAACCGUGUAGUGAAGUGGGGUUUUUUUUGUUGGUGUUUUUCAAAAAUGCCUUUCUUAUGGAAAAAUGUCUACUUUUUCUCCUCGUCUUUGUAACAACCAGCCUUUGGGAUGAGUAACUGGCGGUCCUGGAGCGGCUGAUUGUGUCCAAGACGAGAGCGCAACCACUGUUAGAUGGUUCAAACACUGACUGCCAUUUAGAGCCGUGUCACAGUGGAGAACAUAGCCUCCCGAGUCUAAGCUUCUCCUUACAAGGCACAAUCUGUACAUAUAUAGAGAUUUCCUUUUUUUUUUUUCUCCCUCCAUCAAUGGUAUUCUCCCUGCACUUUAUUUGAAUGUUAACUGGAAUUCCUGACAUUCACAUUGCAGUGAAUAGACUUCACUCACGUCUUCUGGAAUCCAUGGUCAGUAUUCGCAAGUAGUUACGAGAUAUGUCCUGUGGUAUUUCUCUUUUGUCUGACUGCUCCAGCCAGCACAGGUCAUAUCAUGUUGGUCUCAGUGCAGUGCAAAGGCGACCUGAGCACAUUGUAUUAAUCCCAGAUCGAUGUCUGCCGCAGCCAGCAAGACAACCUUCAAACUGAUCAUAAAAGAAGAAGGUACUUUAACUUGAAAAUGAAACCGCUGAUAGAUUACUUGUGGUAUUUCAGUCUUUGAAUUAGAAAUCUAAACCUGAUAGUCCAAGACCAGUGCAAGAAAAUCUAUUACAAGACUCCUUCUGAUAGGGUAAAAUGAGGUUAAUAUAAGCAGUAAUAUAAAUUCUGGAUUUAUUAGAUUUUAAAGUCAGAAAACCAGGAUUAUGAGCUAUAAAGACAUGCCUAAUUAGUUCCUUUUGUUUGUUUGCUUAUUGUUUUUCUUCUCUGUAAAACCACAGUGAGUAGAGACUGCCAUCCAGAUCCUCUUCCACUUGUUCUAGAUCAUCUAAAUGUGGUCUUUUUUUAGAAAGUACUCUGAAGUAUAUGGAUAAAGGUCUAGACUAAACAAAAUAUUUCAGCGUCACUUUAUUUUAACACCACUCGCAAGAAUAGAGCUGGUCUUUACGCUUGCAGAAUGGUUUGAUAUGUAGAAAUGCCAAACUACACCAGACACUUCACCGUGUUUUGGGACAUGAAUAGAGACAGGAUACGGGACUGGAGGUCAUGAUUUCUCUUUAGAGUUUAGUACGAGAUACAGUGGAGUAGCUAAUCCACACUCCCAUCUCCUAUUUACUGUACGCCCAGCAGGACAAGCUUUAUUUUCCUCGUAAAUCUUACAAAACACUGUCAAAAGGGAGGCCUUGACGCUUGAUUAUUAACUUUUAUUCUGGUAAUCUGUACUCACUGGACACUUCUUUUUAGUUUAACCGUCCUUAAUCACUCUUGCGGCACUUUUCUUUUAAGGUAAACCAGAGGAUUCGUUUCUGUUUUCUUCCUUCAGAUCUGCCCUCAGAUCUAAAAAUGUCAAGGUUUCUCUUAAAGUCUAUACAAGUCCUCUUAUCAUGGCAGUUAGAAUCAACUGAGCUGGAUAUGAAAUUGCCAGAGAAGCAAUGGACCAGUUCAAAAAAACAUAUUAUUAUUAUUAUUAUUAUUAUUAUUAGUUCAAACUAAUUAAGAAUGGGUAUUUUUAUUUGACCAUUUGAUCCAUUUGUAUGAUUUGGCCUGUUAUUAAUAGGCUGCCUUCCCAGACAUGGAUUUUCUAUUUUUGUUUAGGAAUAAAUUGGAUCCAUGAAUGGGGGAAACCUGUGGGAUAUUAGAGCAGGUGAAAUCAGUAAAGUAAUUGACGCUGUCUCACUGUGUGAUUGGAUGGCUCGUCGUAGUCUUAAAGCUUUUACCUGAAGCCUUGUGUAAUCUGUUGACUCUGAAAAUCAGCUCUCGGCUGCACUCAGAUAAAGCACAGAAUGUAUCACGUUCUAAAUGUCUGAUUUGUUUGUUUUUUUCCUUUUGCCAAAUCUUUAAUUUUCUGUCUGCCAUAUUCUGCCUACGCUCAUGUUUACAGAAGGUUGUGAAAAUUAAUUUGUUGGAUGAUUUUUAAAUUUUUUUUUUUUCCUUAACCCAGUUUGAAUUCCUUUGACUGGAGUUAUGAAGACUGGAUUGCUGUUCUUGAAUUCAUGUCUCAGCUGUAUCGGCUCUGCACCUCUCACAUGACUAUUUCUGCUCACCUUUAAUCAACAGCAAACUCCAAUCAUAGUGACAACAAGAGCAGUAUUUCAAACCUCAUGCAGCAUGUAAAUUGUCAUAUCCAACAUCACAGUACUUGGUUACAGUGUAGUGUAAUUUGCAGUAAAACACAGGCUUCAUACAGAGCAGAGAUGGUCAUGGUGGACUGAAAUGGCAACAUCAGUGUUUUUGACAUUUAGUUUGUCCGUUGUGACUUGAUGCACUGUUUAAGGGGUGUGGAGAAAGGCAGAAAUAAACAAAGUUUCAUUCGCAUUGUUUUCUUAAAUGAAUAAAAUGUGUAAGGCACUUUAGAUAAAUGUUAAAGUAAUAGUUGAUAGUUUUGGCAUUUGCUGAGAAUUAGAUGAGAAGUUUGAUACCACACCCGUGUGUACGCUAAAUGUGACGCUAAUGCCAUCAGCCGCUUAGCUUAGCACAGAUUUGGUUACCUUUGGACAGGCCAGCUAUUACCCCAUUUGUAGUCUUUUAUUUGCUGGUAGUUGAAGCUAGAUAUUUACCGUAGAGGUGGAAGUUAUGAAUCACUUAGUAGAUUUCUAAGACUUCUUGUCACAGUGUAGAUCAUUCACUUUUUUCCUAAACUAAUUAAGCGAUAGCAUUACUGUUUAAAUGUGCUUGAACACAUGCACAUAAGUCAGCACUUGCUAUUAGAAAUUGAAACCAUCAUGGUUUAUAGGUUAUCAACAAUUACUAUGUAUACUAUUAUCACAGUAACGUGGUUUUGGCCAUAUUGAUAAUAUUUAGUUGUAAUUUCUACUGACUAAAAACCUCUUUGUCCUGCUGUAACAGAUCGCCGGCCAUGGACUCUCCUCUACUGUCUGUCCGUGACAUUUAACCUACGAUGGUCUAGGGCUUAUGGGAAAUGGUGUUUAUCAAAGGCCAUUUAAAAAUGAAAUAUGGUAUUCAUUAAACAAUAUUAGAUUGUUCUUUAAAUAUUACCAUCCCAUGUAUCAUGAAAGUGGUAAAUUAGACAGAAAAGUUGUAUCAAUCCUCUCAUCUAACUCGUAGCAAGAACGCGAAUAAACCUAUUUACCCAAUAAUUUGAAAAUCUUCCUUUUAAUGUUAAGGACGCUAAGCUGCACACAAUGACUGCCAUACUGUGUAUCUCACUGCUGGCAAAUAACACAGAACAGUUUGAGGUUUGAACUGCGGUUAGCACUGACAGGGGCCUUGUCAAAAACAGUGGUGGUGUCCUCUUAAGGUCCCCUCCAUUUAAGCUGGUGUCCUCGCUGUUGUAUUAAAUAUGUUGUUUCUAACUGUGUAAAUGUUAAUUAAGGGUUUUCCCAAACCAUUUCAACAUGCCAGUGACCCACACUGAGCGUACAACGGUACCAGGGCUCCUCUCAAAUUUUGGACAAUUUACUGCAAACAGCCUCAAUCUGACAUUAUGAAUGAAAUAUAAUACAUUUUUUAAAAAACUAAACAAUCAGUCCUGAGACAGUACUACUAAAACAUGGUACAGUCAGUGAAUUGCAAAUUAAAACCCAAGUGUAACUGGGAAACACUGCAGUUAAUUGCAUUUAGUAUUGAAUUUGUCAUCUGUGGCAGGAGCUUUGAUGACUUCCUCUUUUCUUUCCCCCACUUUUUUUUGUCGAAGAGGUGAUUUGUAUACAAAUGAUUAAAAUGUACAGUGAAGAAAACAACAGCCACUGACUUUUUAAAAGACAUGUUUAUUGUAAAGGAUGAUGUGAUGUAAAUUUUUUUUAAUUUAAGUAAAUGAAUUUAAGGUA